AUGAAACAUACAUUACCAGAUUUUCAUAUCAACCAGCCAAGUGGCCGAGCAGUAACUCGACCAUUAUAUCUUCCUUGGUCUAGUGGUGAUGAUUUCCGCUUGUCAUUAACACCGAUAAGCGCGGGAGACCGGGUCUGCAGCCCCAUAAUGCAAAUUUGCACCAAAGAUUUCAACAAGGCCGGCUGGCCCAAUGGCAAGGCGCUUGACUACGAAUCAAGAGAUUGCAGGUUCGAUCCCUGCGUCGGUCAAUAUUUUUGCAUCUUAAAUGAUUCGUGA